UUGGAGGGGUUAUGGGGGUGCCGGGAGAGACCUUUUGGAGGUUGUGGGGGAGGAGUUGGGUAUGAGAAAGAUAGGGUUAGAGGAUGUAUAACAUAUAAACAUCUUUGGGUUAUACCAUGGAGACUAUUCUACAGGCUGAUGAGAUUCCGGUUGAUUAUAAAUAUUAAGCUUUGGUUAAUAAAUCAGGCCAAAUUACUGUUCCUUUGGAUUUUGCAGAGAAUGAGGUUAUUAUUCAUAAUAACAUUGCUGAGAUCAAGUUAAUUUAGUACUACUUCAACAAGAGAAUUGAUUCAAUUGAAGUGCAAUACAUGUUCCCAGUUCACAGUGAAUGUACUUUCACAGACCUGGAGAUUAGAUAUGGAGAUGAGAUAAUCAAGGCUUGUGUUGAAGAAAAGAAGAGAGCUAAAGUAAAGUAUGACGAUGCAGUUGCUCAAGGAAAACAGUUGCUAUGACUUAACCAGCUGUAAAUUUGACAGAUAUGAUAAAGUAAUAUCUUUGUUUGAAGAAAUCUAUAAA